CUGCGCAUGUCUGCGUGGCGCCAUACCCGCGUAUUCUAACCUAAAUUCGAAUUCCGAGCUCCGCUCGCGGACGCGCCCGGCCGCCGUUCUUAAUUCAAAAAUAACAUUAUUUUUCACAACCGGCCAGUGUUCAUGAAAAUUUAAAAAGUAACGUUCCUUUUUUGACAAAAGUGCGCGUGUCAGUAAUGGUUAUUUUUAGUAGUGCUGGCGAGUUUCGGUGACAAAAUAGCGCCGAGGCCGCGGUAAUUUUGGCCGUCCGGAAUAUGGCCUAAUUGUUUUUUUUUUCUGGAAAAGUGUAGUGAUGAUGUGUGAUUGUGUUUUGUGAAUAGGAUAAUUAAAUUGCAAUGGCCGACGCGCCCCCCACCCCAGGCACGCCGGGCGCGGACGAGACCGCGCCCGCGCCGAAAAAGCAGGCGCGCUCCCGUGGCAAACCACAGCCAGAGAAACCGAAGCGGAGUCUGCUGUGUCUGGGGUUGAAGAAUCCGCUGAGGAGGCUGUGCUAUGCGAUUGUGGAGUGGAAACCGUUUGAGUACAUGAUUCUCACAACUAUCUUCGCGAACUGCAUAGCUCUGGCUGUCUUCACGCCCUUCCCGUCUGGAGACACAAACUAUACUAAUGGAAUAUUGGAAAAAGUAGAAUGGAUUUUCAUGGUCAUCUUCACUGGGGAGUGCGUGAUGAAGAUCAUCGCAUACGGCUUUUUGUUCCAUCCUGGGGCUUAUCUGCGGAACGCGUGGAACAGUCUGGAUUUCACCAUCGUCACUAUUGGUAUAAUGAGCCAGUCGCUGCAAGUCCUGUUCAAAGAUGCAUUCGACGUAAAGGCGCUCAGAGCCUUCAGAGUGCUUCGACCGCUGCGAUUGGUCUCCGGCGUUCCAAGUCUCCAGAUCGUGCUCAACUCAAUCCUGAAGGCCAUGAUACCGCUGUGCCACAUCGCGUUCCUGGUGCUAUUUGUCAUCAUCAUCUACGCCAUCAUAGGCCUCGAGCUGUUCUCUGGAGUCAUGCAUAACAUAUGUCAUAAGAAUGAGAGUGGUAAAUUGAUAAUGGGCGAUGAAGAAAGACCAUGCAGCACUGAGUUCAACGUUGGUCACAACUGCGAACCCGACGAAGUAUGUACACCAGGGUCCCCAGCCUGGCCAGGCCCGAACGACGGUAUCACCAACUUUGACAAUAUUGGCUACGCUAUGCUCACGGUAUUCCAGUGUAUCACACUUGAGGGAUGGACUGACAUUAUGUAUUGGAUAUCAGAUGUCAAGGGUUCUUCCUGGCCUUGGAUCUACUUCGUCUCUCUGGUCAUCUUUGGGAACUUUUUCGUCAUGAACCUAAUUCUUGGUGUGUUAUCCGGAGAAUUCUCAAAAGCGAGUAACAAGGCGAAGAAUCGUGGAGACUUCCAAAAGUCACGAGAAAGAAAAGAGUUUGAGGAAGACAUGAAGGGAUAUCUCAACUGGAUCACCGUAGCUGAGACCCUGGACCUUGAAAACGAGCCCAAGCAGGAGAAUGAAGGAGAAGAUUCGCAGGGUAACAAUUACGAGAGAACAAGCAACGAGGGAUCUCAAACAAACGUGGACACAACAGAAAACACAGGCACCUGCAAAGUUUACUUCAAAAGAUUCGAUAAGGUGAACCGCCGUAUGCGUAGGGCUUGCCGACGAGCUGUCAAAUCUCAGGGUUUCUACUGGGCCAUAAUCGUACUUGUGUUUUUAAACACAAUGGUGUUGGCAACUGAACAUUACAAACAACCGACAUGGCUCGACACGUUUCAGACUUGUGCGAACUACGUGUUCGUUGUGCUCUUCACUAUGGAGAUGUUGAUCAAAAUGUAUGCCCUUGGCAUUCAAGGCUACUUCGUUUCUCUCUUCAACCGUUUCGACUGCUUCGUCAUGAUAUGUUCGGUCUUGGAGCUGGUGCUUACAGCGACGGAAACCAUCCCUCAACUCGGCAUCUCUGUAUUACGCUGCGUCCGGCUGCUCAGAGUUUUUAAAGUUACAAAGUACUGGCGUUCUCUUUCUAACCUCGUGACCUCUCUCCUCAACUCCAUCCAGUCCAUCUUCUCCCUCCUUCUGCUGCUGUUCUUGUUCAUUAUGAUCUUCGCGCUGCUCGGCAUGCAAGUGUUCGGGGGGAGGUUCGAGAGUUAUGCUCCUGAGGAACCGAAGGAGAGGCAUAACUUUGAUACAUUCUGGCAAGCUGUGUUGACGAUGUUCCAGAUCCUGACUGGUGAAGAUUGGAACGUCGUCAUGUACGAGGGUAUUAAAGCAUAUGGCGGCGCCGGCUCCUUUGGAAUGAUCGCAUCUAUUUAUUUCAUCAUCAUCUUUGUCUGCGGUAAUUAUAUCCUGCUGAACGUGUUCUUGGCUAUCGCCGUCGAUAAUCUUGGAGAUGACGAUGAUGAAGAAGUCGAGAAAGAGCCAGAGGGAGCAGAAGAAAAUCCCGAGGCAGGUAAUCCGCAACUUGAUGAAGAUACAGAAAGAGGAGAGACAGACGAUGAAUAUGUAAACGAAGAAGAAAUAUAUUCAGAUGAGGGCCGGCUUUACCAGAGGUAUAAGAGAAUACCAAGAUCAGACCACGAGUAUGAAGAAACGGGAUCGGAAGAAGAGGUGAAUGAGCAAGAGGCAGAAGAGAGGGGAGAAGCGAAUACCGUUCUAGUCACUACGGAAAAUCAACAGAUCAAUCAAAACGGGGAUAUCAAGAAAGAGCCGUCACCGCUAAAACGUCAACCCACGGCGUCCGCCCGCCCGCGCCGCCUCUCCGAAGUGGAAGUGAAGGACGAAGAAAAACCCAUACCUGACGGCACCAGCUUCUUCUUCUUUUCUAAGACCAACCCCUUCCGAGUGAUGUGCUUCAACAUCCAGAACAACUCUGUGUUCAAAAACAUCAUCCUGGUUUGCAUCCUGAUCUCCUCACUGAUGUUAGCUUUGGAAGAACCAGUGCCAAAACUAGAAAAUAGACCCACCGCAGAAGCUUUAAAGAAGGUGGACUAUUUCUUCACGGCCGUAUUCACCUUGGAACUUUGCCUGAAGCUGAUCACCUACGGGUUCCUGUUCCAUAAGGACGCUUUCUGCAGAUCCGCCUUUAACCUCCUAGAUCUACUGGUGGUUGUUGUGUCAUUAGUUUCCAUUGUUGGAUCUCAAUUCGGUUUUAUAAAGAUUUUAAGAGUAUUCAGGGUGUUAAGGCCACUGAGAGCUAUCAACAGAGCCAAGGGCUUAAAGCACGUAGUUCAAUGCGUGAUCGUUGCCAUAAAAACCAUCGGCAACAUUUUGUUGGUGACAAAUCUUCUACAGUUCAUGUUUGCCGUCAUGGGUGUGCAAAUGUUCAAGGGAAAAUUCUUCUUUUGUACCGAUACCACAAAAUUGACAGAAACCGAAUGCCAGGGCACAUAUAUUAUAUAUAAAAAUAACGAGCCUCAGAGGAUGGAACGAAUAUGGAAGGAGAAUAAGUGGAACUUUGAUGAUGUCCUGAACGGGAUGCUGACUCUAUUCACCGUAUCUACAUUUGAAGGAUGGCCAGGUUUACUGUCAGUGUCAAUGGACUCACAUAAAGAGGACGAGGGACCCAUAGAGAAUUCGAGACCGCUGGUUGCGUUCUUCUACAUUAGCUACAUAAUUGUCAUCGCUUUCUUCAUGGUGAACAUCUUCGUUGGUUUUGUCAUAGUGACGUUCCAGAAAGAAGGAGAGCAAGAGUUUAAGGAUUCUCAAUUGGAAAAGAAUCAAAGAAACUGUUUGGAAUUUGCGUUAAAAGCAAAGCCGAGUCGGAGAUACAUUCCAAAGCAUCGUAUACAGUACAAGACGUGGUGGUUUGUGACGUCAGAGCCGUUUGAGUACUUCAUAUUCACAUUCAUCGUGAUCAACACACUGGCCCUUAUGAUGAAGUUCCAUGACGCUAAACCUUGGUAUCAAACGCUCCUCGAUUAUUUAAACAUGAUUUUAACGACUGUGUUCACGUUGGAGUUUGUCUUCAAGCUGGCUGCUUUUAAAUUUAAAAACUAUUUUGGUGACGCAUGGAACACAUUUGACUUCAUUAUUGUCGUUGGCAGUAUUAUUGACAUUGUCGUGACGCAGGUCAAUGAAAUGGAUCCCACAAUGACACCCGACAAAAGCAAAGGUUCUGUGCUUAAGUACGUGGCAUUCUUCCGAUUGUUCCGAGCCAUGAGACUGAUAAAACUACUCUCUAGAGGGGAGAGGAUCCGUACGCUUCUGUGGACCUUCAUCAAGUCUUUCCAAGCACUGCCUUAUGUGUUCCUGCUAAUUGUGCUACUGUUCUUUAUUUAUGCUGUCGUGGGAAUGCAGCUAUUUGGAAAGAUAGAUGUAGACGGUGAAACCAUAACUGAACACAAUAAUUUCCAAUCAUUUGGUUCUGCAUUGAUGGCACUGUUCAGGUCUGCAACAGGUGAAGCAUGGCAGGAAAUCAUGAUGGCGUUAUCCCGGAAUAACAAGGAGCGUCCGGGCGAACCGGCCGGGUGCUACAACCCGAAUGGGGAGGACUUGUCAAAGAUAGACCCGGACGGAACCGGCUGCGGGAACUGGCUCGCUUUUCCUUACUUCAUAUCCUUUUCACUCCUCUGCACCUUCUUGAUCAUCAACUUGUUCGUAGCCGUUAUUAUGGACAACUUUGACUAUUUGACCAGAGACUGGUCGAUCCUGGGACCACAUCAUCUAGAUGAGUUUGUUAGAUUAUGGAGCGAAUACGACCCAGAUGCGAAGGGGAGGAUCAAGCAUUUGGACGUCGUCCAGUUACUCAGAAAAAUAAAUCCACCUCUAGGCUUCGGUAAGCUAUGUCCUCACCGGACGGCCUGCAAGCGUCUCGUUUCGAUGAACAUGCCCCUCAACUCGGACGGGACGGUCAACUUUAAUGCAACUUUAUUUGCGGUGGUGAGGACACAGCUGGGGAUCAAGACUGUCGGCAUCAUUGACGAUUGCAACACGGAGCUGAGAGCCAUCAUCAAAAAGGUGUGGAAACGCACAUCCAAUAAGGUUCUCGACCAGGUGGUCCCACCCCCUGGUGACCCCAACGAGAUCACCGUUGGAAAAUUCUACGCUACAUUCCUCAUACAAGACUAUUUUAGGAGGAACCAUGCGUUUAGGAAAAGGAAGGAGCAAGCGGCGGCGGAGUCGGUCCAGACCAAUCAGAUGACGUUACAGGCUGGUCUGCGGACCCUACACGAAGCAGGGCCGGAGCUGAAGAGGGCCAUAUCAGGAAAUUUGGAUGAGCUGGUGGCUGAGGCUGUUGAGCCUACUCAUCGGCGAACCCAUCCACUGUUCGGGGUACUACAGAGUUUCAGAGGCUCCAGACACAGACGGGUCGAGAUGCACAAACCGCCAGAAAGGACACCAAAGACUGUUACACUUAAUCUUCAACAAAAACAAGACUUGGGCUCAAUGAUCAGACGAGAGUUCGGAAUGGAUGGCCGAAUACCUGAAGAAGACACAUCAAAAUAUGACGACCAUCACGCGAGCGACGAAGAGAUCGCGAUGGAGCCGCUACUCCGUGGAAAAGAUUCUGAGAAGAUAUUCCACGCUAUCGAAAAAACAUCAAAUGACUUAAUGCAGACGAUGAGAGGCAGAAAUCAUGACCAAAGGUCGAGCCGGAACAACAACGUGCCUUAUUGUGUGGAGAAUCCGGCGGAGACGCUUAUUGCUCGUGUUUUGACAGAGCAGGGUCUCGGCAAAUACUGCGACCGCGAUUUUCUCCAGAGUACCUCACAUGAGAUGCAGGAGGCGUUGGGCCUCUCCCAGGAGGCGAUGGACACCGCUGCGAAUCUUAUCAUUUUGCAAGAGCGGCAGAUGCACAGAUCACAACAAUUGCCAAAUAAUGUGGAGAGCAUACUGUCCAGGCAGUACCACCCCUUCCAUCAACCCCCGAUGCAGCCGCCUCAGAGAAAAUGAUAUUUUGUACUUUUAUACUUGGAUUAUACCCUCCACCGGUGCGGCGUGGUAACCGCACUCGGUCUUACCCUUCAAAAGGGUUUGUUACCCUUUUUUGAACCCGGCCCGGGUUUUUUGAAGAUUUUGCAAUCGAUUUUAAUGAACCGCGUAGCUUGUAAUGUUAUUUUAAAUUUUAAGUAUUUUAGCAUUUUAAUAUUUUCAAUGCCUUCGGAGUUUUAAAAUAUUCUAAAUUUUAAAAUGGGGUUUUAGAUUAUUCUAGUUUUUGGACAGCUUUUCGCAAAUGCCUGAGAUUUUAUUGUAAAUAAUAUGAAAUAUUUUAUUGACUAGUAAAUAAUGUUAUAUACCUAAUGGGUAUGUGCCUUAAUUAUUACUGAUGUAUGUGUUUAAGUGUCGGACUGUGAAAAUUGUGGCCCCAUAGUAUAUUUAUUACUUAUAUAGUAAAUACGUGCCAAAAUUAUUACUUCAUAUUAGUAAACUUUUAUAUUAUUCUCUAUAUAUUGCUACUGAAAUUUAAACAAUACUAUAUUUAUUAUUGGUAAAUAAUAUUUCAACCAGUGUAGGUAUUUUUCUAAUUUUAAUGAUGCAAGUCUAGUCAGUUUGCUUGCUUGGAAGAGUUUUAUGUAAAUGUUUAUGUUGUAUUUUGUAUGGAGAUAUUGUUAUUGUGAAUAAAAUUGUUGCAACAAAUUUA